GACAAGUAUGAGGCGCUACGUCCGAUCUUCAAUACGUUCGCGAUAUUAUACGACGCAAUCAUCACGCCAAGCUCCGCAGACGAUUCACUAAAGGGACUAUAUGAUAUGGGCGACGUUUGUCUCAAAUUCUCUUCGGACGCUAUGGGACUACACACCCCAGUGAUUCGAGUACCGGCCUUUGCUGGCACAAAUGGCAUGUCUGUUGGACUUUCCAUCGUGGCGGCUAAAGGUCUUGACCAGCGGUUGCUGCAAGUCGCGAAGCGCAUCGGUGGAGCGCUCAUGAUCGAAGGUAGCUGGCGUAUGAUCGAAGGAUCCGAGUGA